GCACUUGCGUACUUUAUCACUCCCGCCAUUUUGAGGAGUGUGAAAUAUUUUCUCUAAACAAAAUCUCAGUAUUUCUUGCAACAUUGUAUCUUUGCAGCUUUUUUUUUUACAUAAGAUCUCUACAAGAUUUUUAAAAAUUUACCUGUCGUCUAUUUUUUGCACCUGGUCCCUCUAAAUCCCUCUGUUUUGGCCAGAGAAUCCCAACAAAGAUGGCCUUCCCAGGCAGUUAUACAGCGAUUGCAGAGAAAUUUGUGGAGCAUUAUUACAAUUAUUUCGAUUGUGUGGAAUUUCGAGGCCAUUUAAGAGGAGUCUAUCAUGCACAAGCCAUGCUUAUAUUUGAAGGUGAAAGUAUUCAAGGACAAGAUAACAUAAUGAAAAAAAUAACAUCGUUGCCAUUUAAAACAAUCAAGCACGUUGUCACAAAGUUGGAUGCUCUUCCUACUACCACUGGUGGAAUUUUAAUCUUGAUCACUGGCCAGCUGCAAGCUGAUGAUGACAAACCAUUGUCAUUUAGUCAGGUAUUCAAUCUACACUAUGAGGGAGAGUCUUAUAGUAUAAUUAAUGAAUUCUUCAGGCUGUCAAUUCAUAAUAUCCCUGUUACAUAAAUUUCUGCCUUUUUUUUUUUCUUUUCAUCAGUUAACCAAAACAAAAGAACAAAAAAAAAAACUCUUUAAAAAAAAAAAACUGGACAAGACUUUUAAAGAUGAAAUUGUUUUAACUGAUUUCUUCUCUUGUCUCUAUGGCUGGUGCUGUGAUGCAUGUAUUCCAGUCAUCAAAGACAGAAAAAAAAAAAAAAGCAAAACAAAAAAACAUCCGAAAGAUCUAUUUGCUUCCUCUCUAUUUCAGAUAUUUAAAUUCUCUUGAGUUACACCAUUAGACCUUAUGGCUUUUCUUAGCCGUUUUCUCCACCCACUCCACAUUUAUUUUAGAAAUUACUUUGUGCUCAUUUUGUCCACUAUUUAAAAACAAAAAAAAAAAACAAAUAGAAACAACAACUAUUAUCAGAAUAGAGUAAUAAAUACUAUAAUGUUAAUGAUUUUUUUUAACCUCUUUCUCCCUCUUUAUUUCUCACAUUGAUCUCAUCAGUGUAACCAGCUGAGCUGCUGUUGCUGCUGUUCACAUAACAUUACAAACAUCUCUAAUAACUUUAGUUUCAGCUCUCUCUAUCCCACCUUACUAUACACACACACACACAGACACACACACACCUCAUGUAUGCUGCUAUUUAAUUUCUCAGGCUCCAACUUGCUGCCCUGCGGACUGAAUCAAGCACAUGUGAUUUCUUAAUACCUUAAAGGCUGCACUUUGUAUUAUAGUACUUUUGUAGACAAUACUUUCCGCCCCCAUCCCCUCCACUACCUCUAUGGAACUAUUUUCUCAAGCCUAAAUUAAACACACCUUCAUUCUAUUUUUUAUGUUUUUUUGUUAUUUUUCCAGUAACUGCUUUAGUUAGGUGUUGUUUAUAGUUUUUCUAUCCUCAGAAACUUCCUUUUUUAAAUGAACCCCAAAAAAUGGUAGAGCUUUAUAUUGAUUUUUACUUGUACAAUUUUUUUCUAUCAGUCUUAGAUUUGUUAGAUUAUCAAAUAUUUUUAAUUACACAAGUGGUUUUGGAUUUACAUUUAUUUUCUCGUUUUAGGAGCAGACAAGUUGGUAGUUCAAUUGCUAAAACAUGAUGUAAAAAGAUCUUCAAUAUAGGUUUUGCAUACAUUUGUUAGGAAGGGCUCAUUCAAUCUGAAGUACCCUUUUUUUCUCCUUUUUCUAGUAUUUUGUGAAACCUUAAUUCUUUAAGCUUUACAAAUACUGAGGAAACAUAAAGAUAUCUAUUUUAGCCAUAAUUAAGUUACCUAUAGUUGAUAUGUCACAAACAACCUCUAUGUUUAAUUUUCUCAAAAGAGCAAAGUGACUAAUAAUAUAUAGAUAGAUAGAUUAUGAAAGCAAUAAGCACAAAAAGACUACAACACAGGAGGGAUAAGCUUUUAAAAUGUGUGUUGGUUUUAACACUUAAGAGGAAGAGAAAGAGUUUUGAUGUUUUGGAUGCUAGUCUUUCAUCAGAAGAAAAAUAAAAUGUGAAUAAGAAGUGGUUGGCAAAAAAUUGGUGAGCAUGUUAGGGGCCAGGCAGUCAUGCAGUUCUAAGGGAGGUGAUGUUUAGAAGGGACACCCCAUCUCUCCCAUUUUUUUUCCUCAUUCAUUCUCCUUUAUUUAUCCUUUUUUUUCUCCUCAUGAAGGACUAGCAUUCAAAACAGUCUCUUUCCCUUCUUGAAGUGUUUAAUCAAUACAAUAUUAAAACUUGUCCUUCCCAUAUUGUCUUUUAUCCUUUUUUUGGUCAUUGCUUUCAUAAUAGAUUUUUAACUCUUAAUGCAGACCUCUCAUUUUUAUAUUGAGACAUAUGCAUAUGUAUGUAUAUACAAUACACACAUAGCUGGUAUCUAGGUGCAGUAUAUGCUAGGAGAAUACAUUUCAAACAAAUACUCUCAACACAUUUCAAAUGUCAUAUUUAGCUGGAACCAGUUUAAUUUCAUAAUGUCAUCUUUCUAACAUCUCCAGUGGAAGUACAUUUUCACUCAGUUAUGUUAUGGCCAUCACACAGACAAUCCUCUCUUUAAGGUAAUUAAACCACAAGGCAUAUUUCAAUAUUUGAGUUAUGUAAAUGACAAUUUAGGAUAAGUAAAGUAUAUGAUGUAAACCGUCCCACAAUAACCUGAUUUUCUGCCAGAUCUCUUGCUGAGCUGAACACACACACACACACACACUCACAUGUAUGUAUGUAUACAUACACAAACAUAUAAUAUAUUGGGUGAGAGGUUUCUUUUAUCCAGUUGCUGGCUGUGAAAAGCUACUGUUAUAUAUCAACUUCACCAUGGUAUUCUGCACCCAAAUGUAUAACAAUAAAAACAUUGUCAUUUGAACGUUACAUGUGCAGCAAACAAACAAAACAUACAAUAAUUUCUAUGUGUAUGACAAUGUCUAUCCAUUUCUUGUACAAUGAUUUCACAGAUUGUAUUUUUGUUACUCAAAAAGUGACCGGUUCUGUUUUGGUAACAACUCAUUCUCUCUACUCAGCUUCUUGAUCUGUGUUUGAAGUGGUGUACCAACAUCUUAUUAUCAAUAAUGGUUUAACAGCUUUUCCAUCUGACCAUUUGUCUAUAAGCUACCUUUGUCCUCUUAUACUAUGUUAAUCACAGUUUAAUGUAAUCAUAAAUUUUGAGUUUUAUCAAAUGUACACUGACAACAACAACACUCAUAUAAUAUUUUUAUCAACAAAUUAAAAAUCACAUAUACA